AUGUCUGUUGUCGAUGAAAAAGCUCCCCCACCUCCUCCUGCCGAGACGGAGGUGGAUGUGGAGAGGGCAGACGCAAACGUGUCGCAAUCGCAAAAGCACCCGGACGAGAAGAUCCUGAAGCAUUCGCACGAUGCGGACGAGGCGAUGAAGGCCUUUGCCGGCCUGGAAGGCCAGGUGAUCACCAUCGACGAAUCCACCAACAAGAGAUUGUUGCGGAUCAUCGACUGGCAUAUGAUGCCGUUGAUGUGCGUUGUCUACGGGAUGAAUUAUCUGGACAAAACGACACUCUCUUAUGCGAGCAUUAUGGGCAUUCAGAAAGACAUCGGCCUCAAGGGAGAUAACUACCAGUGGCUGGGAAGCAUGUUCUACUUCGGCUACCUGGCCUGGGAGUAUCCUACCGGCCGGCUCCUCCAGCGCAUGCCCCUUGGCAAAUAUUCGGCCGCCUGCAUUAUACUCUGGGGACUGAUCCUCUCGUGUUUUGCCGCGGUGACCAAUUUCAGCGGGGCCGUCGCCAUCCGCUUCCUUCUUGGAGUGUUUGAGGCUGCGGUGACGCCUGGUUUUGCUCUCUUGACCUCUCAGUGGUACACCAAGACUGAGCAGGGACAGCGGACGAAUAUAUGGUUCAGUUUCAACGGAAUGGGCCAGAUCUUUGGCGGGCUAGUGGCGUAUGGGAUCGCGGUGGGAACACGGGAACACGGGUCUGCCAUCGAGCCCUGGAAGAUCGUCUUCCUGGUAACGGGCUUGCUGACAAUUGCUCUGGGUGUGACCUUCCUUUACCUCAUUCCCGACAACCAGCUGAAUGCGCGGUGGCUCACGAAGGAGGAUCGCGUGUUGGCCGUCGAGCGUGUUCGCGUCAACCAGCAGGGGAUUGGGAACAAGCAUUUCAAGAUGUAUCAGUUUAAGGAGGCGCUGCUGGACCCGAUGACAUGGGCAUUCGUCCUGUAUGCGCUGUUGGCCGAUAUUCCCAAUGGAGGCAUCACCAACUUCUUUAGCCAGUUGAUUGUGAGCUUCGGGUUCACUUCUGAGCAGAGUCUCCUCUACGGCACUCCCGGUGGAGCGGUGGAAGUGAUUGCGCUGAUCAUCAACGGCUUUGUGGGCGACUACUUUGGACAGCGGAUCCUGUGCAGCACGGGUGGUCUCAUUUCAUCUAUCGUGGGAAUGAUCCUGAUCAUCGCCCUGCCGCUGUCGAACAGUGUCGGUCGGUUGAUUGGGUACUACAUGACGCAAGCGAGCCCGUGUCCGUUUGUGGCGCUGCUGUCGCUCAUCUCGUCGAAUGUGGCUGGCUACACGAAGAAGACGACAGUGGCAGCGCUGUAUCUGAUUGCAUAUUGCGUGGGCAACAUCAUUGGCCCUCAAACGUUCCGACCCAAGGACGCACCGCGAUACGUACCGGCUGAAAUAGUCAUUGUGGUCGUGUACGGGGUGUGUCUGCUGGACCUGUUAUUUAUCUGGUGGUGGUACAGACGGCAGAACGAGAAGAAGGCCAAGAUCCGGGCGAGUCCGGAGUAUGUGAAACUGGAGAACCAGGAGUGA